AUAGAGACCAUCUGGUCUUUGGUGUGACUGCUCCUUUAAGGGUGUAUCAGGAUUAGUUUGAGUAGGAAAUAGGAAGUAAAUGCCAUUAACGUUUAGAACAAAGAUCUAAAAACAAAAGUCGUUUGUGAGUGAUGGCAGGAAUAAAAGCUCUUGUUGCGUUAUCCUUCAGUGGAGCACUUGGACUGACUUUUCUCCUUUUGGGAUGUGCACUGAAAGAGUUCGGAGUGUACUGGCCUCUGUUUGUCCUCCUCUUCCACAUCCUAUCCCCUAUUCCAAAUUUAAUAGCCAGGAGGCAUGCGGACGACACUGAAUCGAGCAAUGCAUGCAGAGAGCUGGCAUACUUUCUAACCACUGGCAUUGUGGUGUCAGCCUAUGGGUUGCCCAUUGUGCUUGCACGAAAAAGUGUGAUCCUGUGGGGGGCUUGUGGUCUGGUUAUGGCGGGUAAUAGUGUCAUUUUUCUGACCAUUCUGGGUUUCUUCUUGAUAUUUGGAGGUGGAGAUGACUUCAGCUGGGAACAGUGGUAAAGCCUGUCAGGAGGAAGAAAAAUAAACUAAUAAACUUUAAAUUGUUUCACAUGGCAAUGCUGAUUAGUUAAAUGUUCAGAAGUGAAGUUCGGUGGUUUAUGUGUUUCAGUUGAUGAAUCUCUGCCAUGGCUGCUCUGUUUCUCUGCUUCAUCUGUCCUUUAUUUCCUUCAUAUUUCAUGUUGACAACUGCAUGGCUCAGUAUAUACAUUGAUUUGCUUAAAAUUAAAUAGUUCUGCUGUUUGGACGUUCUUUUUUGUAAUAUUUUGAAAACCGAAUUGGUGUAACCAUGGCAGUAUAUAAAGUUUUUUUGUUGUUUUUUGUUUUUGGCUUUUUUGUUUUGUUCAAUGCCACUGUUAUCAAAAUGGACUGUGGCGUUAAGCUUUAACCCUCUUAAACUAUGUUUACACCAGAUUUACCAAAGCGGACCUCUUCCUACUUUUCAACUUCUGAAUUUUUGGUUUUCAUCCUCAUGUUUACUGUGGAUCUUAAAAAGAAGAAGAAAAGUUCAAAAUAUAUGCUAAAAACAAUCAUCACCAGCUUUCCUGUAAUUAUAUCAUUUUCUUUGUUUUAGUUACUAUAUUUGUAUUACAGUUGCAUAUGAUUCGUAUUAUUUCAUGAGCUCAAAUUUUCUCAAAACUGUCAUAAUUCUGUAUCAAAGCUUAUGAAACACUAGACAUGAUUGUUAUGUAACUUUAUUCAAUAUUCACUGUAUAGUAAACGCAAUGUUUCAGAUCCAAUUUCACUUGAAAUUGAGGAUGUUCAGUUUGUAUUAAUUUACAGUUUCACACUACUAAUGUUGUUACUGAAAUGUCCAUGUUGAUUAUAAGAUUGUGAUUUUAAUCCACUGUGUAAAAUCUUUCUUGUUUUGUUUUGUCAAUCAGAGGUUAGCUUCACUAACGUAAAAUCAGUUGAACAGAUAUAAGGGAUAUGCUAUCUUUUCUUUGGUGACCUCUGAGUCUGUUGUCAGCACUUUCAAUCAUUAUCCAUUUGAUUAUAUGAAUUAAAACACUAGAUUUUUCUUUU